AUGAAGUUCUCACCAUCACUCCGCCUGUUGGCUUUCUCAGCUUCGGCCGCAGCUGCCGUCGAAUUGUCCAGUUAUGAGUACGUCGUUGUGGGCUCAGGUGCUGGUGGCGGUCCUCUUGCGGCUCGUCUGGCUCUUGCCGGUCACAAAACCCUUCUUCUUGAGGCUGGCGAUGACUACAACACAUCCAAUUAUACGGUCCCAGCUUACUCUGCAAAUGCUUCAGAGGACCCCGAAAUUGCCUGGAACUUCUUUGUGCAUCAUUAUGCCAAUGAGACCCGCCAAGCCCGGGACUACAAAACAACCUAUGAGACAUCCGAUGGCGAAUACACUGGCCUUAACCCCCCAGAGAAUGCCAUCCAGAAGGGCACCCUGUAUCCCCGGACUCAGGCCCUCGGCGGAUGCACGGCGCACAACGCUUUGAUUGCUGUGUAUCCACACCAGUCCGACUUCGAGUACAUCGCGUCACUGACUGGCGAUACCUCGUGGUCGCCUGAGAACAUGCGCAAGUACUUCGUCAAGUUGGAAGAGAAUAGGCAUCUAGCCGCCGGUGUCGAAGGUCAUGGUUAUGAUGGUUGGCUGGGUACCGAGACUGCCCCGCUCAGCAUCCCCCUAGGAGACGAGAUGCUCCUCAGCCUUCUCAGCGGUGGCGCCGUUGCGUUAAGCAACGCCACUAAUACUGAGAUCACAAUGGACGACCUCAUCGCAGGGGAUGCCAACGCCAACACGCUUGCGCGAGACCAGGAACCAGGUUACUACCAGAUUCCAUUGUCGUCGAAAGAAGCUAGCCGUGUUGGCCCCCGCGAGUUUAUCCUCUCUGUCCGCGAUGCCACAUACCCCAACGGGACCAAGAAAUAUCCACUGGACGUGCGCACCAACGCCUUUGUCACCAAGAUCAACUUCGACGAGUCAAGCCCCCCCCGUGCUACAGGGGUUGAUUUUCUCGACGGCAAACACCUCUAUAAGGCCAGCCCAUUGUCCACUGGAGCCGCGGGUAAGCCCGGAAGCGUGAUUGCCUCUCGCGAGGUCAUUGUUGCUGGAGGAGUGUACAACACCCCUCAGCUUCUGAAACUGAGCGGCAUCGGUCCCGCUAAGGAGCUUGAGCGCUUUGAUAUCCCUCUUCUUGUUGACCUUCCAGGUGUCGGCACAAAUCUCCAAGACCAUUAUGAAAUCUCCGUUCAAGGCCGCGCCCCUGCCAACUUUACCUCUUUCAAUGGUUGCACUUUCAGCCUUUUCACGACCGAAGACCCAUGUCUUGAUCGGUGGAGAACCCCUGUGGGCGGCGAUCACGGGAUUUACUCUUCGUCGGGGUUAGCGGCUGCGAUGUUCUACAAAAGCAGCACUACAUCCCAGGAUAAUUUUGACAUCUUCGCCUUUGGUGGUCCAGUCAAUUUCAGGGGCUAUUUCCCUGGAUACGCUGUCAACGCAACCAUUGAACAUGAUUGGUUCUCGUGGGCUAUUCUCAAAGCUCACCCGCGUAAUACUGCGGGCACCGUUGAACUCCGAUCUGCUGAUCCUCUCGACGUCCCCGAGAUUACCUUCAACUACUUUGAUACUGGUAAUGGCGAGGCUUCCAAGGAUGUCCAGGCCAUGACGGAGGCCAUUGACCUUGCUCGAAAGGCCUUCGCCGGCCAAGCGGUGCCCAUCAUGGAGGUCUUACCUGGUUCUGACGUGAUUGAACAAGCGGACCUUGAGGACUAUGUCAAGGAUACAGCCUGGGGCCACCACGCCUCUUCCACGUGCCCCAUAGGCGCGGAUGAUGACCCGUUUGCCGUUCUUGACUCGAGCUUUCGUGUCCGUGGAACGGUAGGCCUCAGGGUAGUGGAUGCUUCCGUGUACCCGCGUAUUCCUGGUACCUUCACUGCUGUUUCGACGUAUAUGGUAGCGGAGAAAGCGGCGGAUGUCAUCCUAGCAAGUUUGUAA